CCGCAGUGCCUGGGACAGAUUGAGUGAAAGAGAGAGUGAGGGAUUUAGAGGAUGGGUAAGGGGGCUUAAGGGAAAACACACAGAAGAGAGAGAGAGAGAGAAGGAGAGAGGAGGAGAGAGAGAGAAACCAAAACCCACCAAGCCUCCCUGGUGUGAGGUUUCUUGGCUACUGACGUGUGCGCACGACUCUCCUGGCAGGAUGAGUUCGUGCAGCAGCCGUGCGUUGACCAUCCUGUCCACAGUGUUCGGAGCCUGCGGGCUGCUGCUGGUGGGGGUGGCCGUGUCCACGGACUACUGGCUGAUCAUGGUGGAGGGCAUCAUCCUGCAGACCAACCAGAGCAUGGAGGUGAAGAUGGCGCUGCAUUCAGGCCUCUGGAGAGUUUGCUUUGUGGCUGGAGCAGAAAACGGGAGAUGUGUUGCGUCGGAGUACUUCACUGAACCCGAUAUAGAGAUCACCACUGAAAACACUGCAAAUAUCCUCAAGAUGGUGCGGACAGCCACGCCCUUCCCGAUGGUGUCGCUGCUCUUCGUCUUCACCGCCUUCGUCAUCAGCAACAUCGGACACAUCCGGCCUCAGCGCACCAUCCUGGCCUUUGUGUCCGGCAUCUUCUUCAUCCUCUCAGGCCUCAGUCUGGUGGUGGGCCUGGUGCUCUACAUCUCCAGUAUUAAUGAUGAGGUGAUGAACCGGCCCAGGGAGCCUGAGCAGUUCUUCAACUACCAUUACGGCUGGUCCUUCGCUUUCGCUGCCUCUUCCUUCUUACUCAAAGAGGGGGCCGGGGUGAUGUCAGUCUAUCUGUUCAUGAAGCGCUACGCCGAGGAGGAGAUGUACCGCCCCCACCCCGCACUCUACCGCCCCCGCCUGUCCGAGAGCAGCGACUACAGCGGCCAGUUCCUCCACCCAGAGUCCUCCUGGCCUCCACCCAAGCGAGGACGCAGCACCUCCGAAGCCUCCAGUGACAUCUCCAUCCAGCUCAACCAGGCACCCCCAGCACCUCCCAAAAGCAGCCUCGGUGGCCAGGGCAGCCCGCCCUCUGGCUCUUCUUCUGCAGGGAGCUACCAGAUGCCCCCGCAGUCCGCCGGCUACCCCACACACACUCUCACCAGGUCGCACGCCUCACAUCCCCAAGGCCAAGCUCUUCCCAUGGCCAUGCCUCCAUCGCCUGUACCUCCCCCUCACUACCACACACACAUGCACAUGAGCGCCUCCCCCUGUUAGAAAGAGGGAGCACUGGGGAGGGAAGGAGAGACACUGACUCCUCAUAAUCGCGUACAUUUAGAUGUGGAAGAGGGUAAUCUUGUGUGGAUCUUGGAGCACAGAUCAUGUGAGAUGAAUUCGAGGGAGAGGUGAUGAAUAAAAUGUAGCUCUGGAACAAUAAGAACCAAGGACAAAGGAGGUGUUGGGGAUUAAAAAGGAAAGAUUUAACAGCAUUGUGGAGAUUUGACAGAAACUGUGAUGGACAGAGAAAAUGAAAAACAGGAGAUGAGUGGAAAAGAAAAAGGGGAAUUCAGUUUGUCAUGGUGGAAAAAAGACAAAAAGGGUGUUUCCUAGAAAGACUUUAGAGGUUAGGUUGAGUGACAGAGGAGGUAUAGGGGAGGGAGAGUGAGGCAGGGAGAGCGAGGGGCUGCGGUAUUAUACGAAUAUACUGCAGUGCUGCAGGAAAUUUGUAUGCACUUGGAAAUGUACAAUGCAAAACACUGAUCACAAAGACUGAGGAUGCACAUAGUUUUAUACAUACAUAAUUCAUAAAAAAUACAUGGACGACGUACGUUUUUACCAAAAGGUAAAUGUGGUAAAAUAUAUUCUUGUCUUCUCUGAAUUUCUUACAUCAUCAAUCCAGUUUCAUAACUCACAAUGUCAAAAGUAGUAUUAUUAAUAUUAUUAAUUAAAAUUUAUUAGUUUAACAAUAGAGUAAUUCUGAAAUGAGAACACUGUAUGUGAAUGUUGUUAAU